AUGUCUUUGAUAUCCUUAGGCCGUGAAGAUUUUUUACAGGCACACCAUUUUCUAGAUGGUAUGAAGGUUCCAGAAUUAAGGGAAGUAGCUCGAUGCAUUCACCUUUCAAGGACUAGUAGCAUGAAGAAACAAUUAGUUAAAGAGGCUAUUAUCGAAACUAUGGAUCGAUAUAGAGAUUCAAAGGAUAAUCAUCGUUUGAUUUUAGUCUUAGUAAUAAUAGCGUCAGUUUCCAAAAGAGGUGUGGGAAAGUUUCCCUUCUUGGAAACAGAAUAUGGUCAUUUAAUGAGUAAACCUAAUCCUAAUGAAGGUUUCAAUAAUUUGUUAAGAGAAUAUUGUUAUUCUUCGCCUGAAGAAAUUCAAAGAGCAGUGGCUGCUAUGCACCGUGAAGUCCUUGCUGCUUCUUCUGCUUCUACUAAUACUUCUUCGUCUUCAUGGAAUGGGAAUGAAGUUCGUUUCAAGCCCAAUCCAUUCUAUGAUAUAAUCCGAAGAAUUACUCACGUUCCUCAAUACAGUAAUGGAGGUAAUAAGAAGCGAGAUAUUAUCAUAAAAGUUCAAAUAGGUACAUCGUUGAUCCAAGAAAUUGAGUCAAAUGAUUAUAGAAUUUGUGCUUUCGUGGGAAAGGCACCUAUUGGAUCAGGUUCGACUUUUCAUAAAAAUGCAUAUAUCGAAUACCCCAAUCGAUUCGAAAUCCGUAUCAAUGAUCAUAAAUUGGAUGCUUCAUUAGGAAGAGGUAGAAAAAAUGAUCCAUCAACAAAUAAACCUUUCGAUUUAACGGGCCAUAUAUCUACCACAGGAAAUAAUGUGGUAGUUUUAUCAUUCAUUGAUGAUUUCCCAUAUCUUGUGUAUGUGAACUUGGUGAAAUUCAAAUCCGUAGAAACUGUGAUGAGUGAACAUACUUUUGGCCAUAUAACUGAAGAAGAAGAGUUAAGAAAUAUCAAGAAGUAUUUUGAAAAUGAAGACGAGAUAUCUAUAAGUAACAUCAAAGUUUCUUUGGUUGAUACUGUUACUUUAGCUAGGAUCAAAACUGCAGUCAAAUCCAAAAAUUGUGAACAUUUCCAAUGUUUUGAUUUGACAAUGUUUCUUCAGUUGCAACAACAAUCUUACUAUUGGGCUUGUCCUGUCUGUAGUGUCAAGUUCAAUAUUCAAGAUUUAGUAAUAUCUGAUCUUUUUGAUAAAUUGGCUAAGACUUCUAAAAGCGAUUCUAUUCUAAUAGAAGAAGAUGGGACCAUCAACGAGAUUGCUGAAGAGGAUAGUCAUAGUACCACCCCCAUGCCUAAUACUACUACCACUACCAAUAUUACUACCCAGAAAGAGAAAGAAAAACAGGCGACUCCUAUGAUAGAGGAAAUCAUCAUUUUAAGCAGUAGUGAGGACGAGGAUGAAGAGGAUGAUCAAGAUAUUGAUGAGCAUACGCAGAUUAAAGAAGACGGCAGCCCAGAUAAUCUUGAAUCAGAACUGGCUGAGACGAUACCCACUCAGGUCGUUCCUUCUGUACAGGCUGAAGUCCAAAGACCGUCUACACAAUCUGGAAGUCAAGCACCAGUUCCACCGCUGGUCCAGAGACCUGUACAGCCCGAAACACAAAGAUCACCUCCCCUAGCUGAGACCCAAAUACAACCCCCACAAACUGAGUCUCUAAGACCUGUACAGCAUGAAACUCAACGAGAAUCUGUGCAAAGUGGACCUCAGAUACCAGCUUCACAAGCUGAAGUCCAAGGGCCACCUAAACGGACUGAAACCCAAAGACCACCUCCACAAGUCCAAAGAUCACCUCCGCAAGCUAUUCAAAGACCAACUGGACAAAUCGAAACUCAAGGACCACCUCCACAAUCUGAAAUUCAAGGGCCACCUCCACAAGCUGAAGUUCAAAGAUCUAGACAGACUGAAUCCCAAAGCCAAUCUCCUCAAACUGGAAUGAUCAGUGAACCUGCACAAGCUGAAAUCCAACGACCCCCUCCUCAAGCUGAAGUUCAAAGACCACCUCAAGUCGAGGUCCAUAGACCACCCACACAAUCUUUCUCAAACCAACCACCUCCUCAAGCUGAGAUUCAAAGACCACCUACACAAACUGACAUGGUGAGCAAACCUUCACAACCCAGAACUAAACAACCACAAGAAGAUUUCCGAAACCGUGGGUCAAUUCCUCCACAGAUUGCCAAUCCACAAUCUCAAACCCAAACUUCAGUCAGAGUCCCUUCAAUAAGUCACUUGCACAACAUUUCACAAUAUAGCCAUCACCGUCGAGUUCGCCCACCUCCUGGCGAACCAAGAGUUCAUCAUCCUCCCCCUGCUAUUCGUUUCGAUCUGUCUAAAAACAGUAAUAGAGUUGUCAAUCCAUCAGAUUUUGAACCCACUGGUUAUCCACCUUCGAAUUCUAUGCGAGAUAGUUCCAGAAGUCCCAAAAUUCAAAAUUUGAUAAGUCCUCCUGAAGAAGUGCCUCCUGAGAUCACUACGCCCAUUCAAAAUCCCACAACUGGGAAAAUAUGGCCUUCUCGUGAUCAAUAUCCUUAUUCUUUUCAGGCAUUGAGAGAGAUGAGAAAUAAGGUAACGAAUGAUACUCAGACGAAUCACCAGAAUUUGACUUAUUCCCAAUCUACUCCAAAUAUAGCAACACAAAGUCCAAGCUCUGUAUUACUGCAAACAGUUGAAGGAUUGAGAUUGCUGGCAACUCCAAAUUCACAAAGAUCUGGAUACAGAAAUUUCAAUGAAAAUUCCGAGGCUCCUAAAGAUAACACUAGUGGUCAUGAAAGGGGACGCUCCAACACUAUUGGAAAUAUUCUUCCAACCACGGAGUCCCAGAAUGGUAGUAGUAGUGUCCUUGUCCAACCCCACGCUCAGCAUUUGACUAACGGUAGUUUUGGAAACUCAGUCCCUCAAUAUCAACCAACUAUUAGCCCAGCUUUUCAAAACAGAACAGGUUUCAAUACAACUCCCCUUAAUAAAUCAAACACAAACGGAAAUCAACCCAAAAGAUUGGCUUCCUUAACUCCCCCUGUUAGAAAUGGUAGAUACACUGAAAGGCAUUUAAAAGACAUAACUCCAGGUGAUCAGUUUCGUAAAACCCCGUUGCCAGUAGACGUCACUGUGAUAACCAUCAGCGAUAGUGAUAGUGAAGAAGAGUUUGAUGACGAAGUACCCUUGUCCAGAGUAUCUAGAACUACCACCAACAAAAGAAAUAAAGCACCUGAAAUUUCCAAUGAUGAUAUCCUUGUUGCUGACCCUCCACCCGAAAGUACAUCCAGUCCCAAAAGGGGUCUUGACUCUACGGAAAGCUCCGUAAAUAAAAGACCUAAUUUGUUGGGUAUAAAUCCUAUGGGUAUGAGCCUUGAUAUUUAA